UCCAUCCGCGCCUUCGUACUCUCUCUCUCCUAAAACCCUCAAAACCCUUCGCAACACCAGAGGAGGAGGAGAGCAGCUUCUAGAGAGACAGAGAGAUCAAAAUGAGCGGCUCCUUCUUCAGAAAAUCCAGUAUCUCAAGGCUGUUGCGCAGCUACACGAUCACCGGUACCAGACUAGACCCGUCGACGACGACGGCGGCGAUUCAUUCGAUUAUGAAACACCAGACAACACAGACGAAAGCUUACUUUCGAUUCCCUCAAAUUUUCAGGAAAUCUAGAGAGUUUAAUGAGUUUUCUCCUCCCUUUUUUACCUCUCCAUUCUCAUCUUCUUCUUCCACUCCCUCUUCGUCGACUGUACCGGCGACUUUUGUUGGGUGGUACUUGGCGAUGGUCAAGUCACGGCCUAUUUUGACAAAGAGCGUUACUUCCUCGCUUAUUUAUGUUGCUGCAGAUUUGUCUUCUCAGACAAUUGCAAGGCCAGUUUUGGAACCUUAUGAUUUGGUGAGGACAUUGCGAAUGGCAGGAUAUGGGAUGCUCAUUUUAGGACCAUCGCUGCAUUUUUGGUUCAACUUUGUGUCCAAGCUAUUUCCAAAGCGAGAUUUAAUCACAACAUUUAAGAAAAUUAUUAUGGGGCAGACUCUCUAUGGACCUGCCAUGACUGUUCUUUUCUUCUCCUUGAAUGCAGGCCUACAAGGUGAGAAUGGUGCUGAGAUUAUUGCCCGGUUAAAGCGGGAUUUAUUGCCAACAAUGGUGAAUGGUGUCAUGUACUGGCCCAUAUGUGAUUUUAUCACUUUCAAAUUCAUCCCUGUUCAUUUACAGCCACUGGUGAGCAAUUCAUUUUCAUAUCUAUGGACUGUCUACAUGACAUAUAUGGCAGGUCUGGAGAAAGUGAACAGUAACAGGCUAACAGCUGAUUAGCUUAAUGCUUCACAGCAACGUACCGGCGGCUGAAUAUUGAAUGAAUUUAAACCAGGCGCUGCCAAAGUCUUUCUCAAAUGUAGCUGAGGGGCAACAAUCUCGUUAACUAGUGUCAAUUGGAUAGUUUUCUGUAAAGCAAAGCUUAAUAUUAUUAUUGAAGACAGUUUUCUUAGCA